AUGAGUCUCCUCGGGAGCUACCGGAAAAAGACCAACAAUGAUGGCUAUGAAUCUUUGCAGCUGGUGGACAGCAACGGUGACUUCUGCAGCAGCCGGGAGCGAACCGGCGGCGUCGGCAGCGGCAACCUCGCCAAACAAGGGGUGAUCCCCGCGGUGGUAGCAGCAGCGAGGAGCCCAGCGCGACAGCAUCAGCAUCAGCCGCUCGACUGCAGCACCAUGGACAGCUCAGGUGCCUCGUCUCCUGACAUGGAGUCUACCUAUGGGGGAGGACUAUUGGACAUGAUGAAAGGUGGUGCAGGGAGACUCUUCAGCAACUUAAAGGAUAACUUGAAAGACACUCUAAAAGAUACUUCUACUAAAGUGAUGCAAUCUGUUGCAAGCUAUACCAAGGGAGAACUAGAUAUUUCUUAUAUUACCUCAAGAAUUAUUGUGAUGUCAUUUCCGGGUGAAGGAGUCGAACUGGGAUUUAGGAAUCAUAUUGAUGAUGUGCGGACAUUUCUUGAUUCAAGGCAUCCUGAUCAUUACACAGUUUUCAAUUUGUCACCAAAGUCUUAUCGUACUGCACGGUUUCAUAAUAGGGUAUCUGAAUGUAGUUGGCCAAUUAGACAAGCACCAAGUCUCCACAAUCUCUAUGCUGUUUGUAAGAAUAUGCAUAACUGGUUGCAGCAGAACCCAAAAAAUGUUUGUGUCAUUCACUGUAUGGAUGGUCGUGUGGCAUCAGCAGUCUUGGUCAGUGCAAUGUUCUGUUUCUGUCAUCUCUUCUCUAAUCCAGCUUCUGCUGUUCAAUUGCUAAAUUCAAAGAGACCUGGAGUAGUACUCUGGCCGUCCCACAGAAGGUAUUUAGGAUAUAUUUGUGAUCUAAUAGCAGACAAGCCUGUCCAGCCUCACUGCAAACCUCUAACCAUCAAAUCAGUCCUUCUCAGCCCAGUGCCCUGUUUUAACAAGCAGAGAAAUGGCUGCCGGCCUUUCUGUGACAUCCUUAUCGGAGAAACUAGAAUAUUUACAACAUCACAGGAGUAUGAAAGAAUGAAGGAAUUCCGUGUUCAAGAAGGAAAAGUUGUUAUUCCACUAGGAGUCACUGUCCAUGGUGAUGUAGUUGUUUCUGUCUACCAUAUGCGAUCAACCAUUGGGGGACGGCUUCAAGCUAAAAUGACAAACACACAAAUGUUCCAGAUUCAGUUUCACAGUGGAUUCGUACCUCUGGGAUCAACAACAUUAAAAUUUACUAAGCCUGAGCUGGAUGCAUGUGAUUCACCAGAAAAAUAUCCCCAACUCUUCCAUGUCAUUGUGGAGAUAGAAGUAGACUCCACUGAUAGGCAAACUGACUUAACUCCUCCAUGGGAGAAUUUCAGCACAAAAGACAUCAACCCCAGCAUUCUUUUCUCAUCGCCUCAGGAACAUCAAGACACCCUUGCUCUGGCAGGUAGAAGUUCUGUAGAUGCAGUACAAGAUAACCUAAAGAAUGUUGGCCAGGGUGCAUUCUUGUCAUCUCUCAGCUGGCAAGAUCAAAAGGCAGAAAGAGCCAGUUCUCAUCCCAGCUCUGAGGACAGGGCAGCACUGGUCCAUGAAGAAAGCGAGCAAUCCGAUGAGGAACUCUUAUCCCUCUCCAGCCAGCACAGCGGCACCAGCACUGACAAAAUCCACGGCAUUUCAAAGCACAGCAAAAAGCAGCAAGAGCAGCCAGCCCCACCUCCACAAGAGGACGUAGAUCUUCUAGGUUUGGACGGUACUCCUAUGAACUAUCCAGCGGCCCCCACUGCACCACCAUCUAACUCAGACUUGCUGAGUGACCUUUUUGGGGUUGGAAAUUCUGGAGGAUUAAACCAAGGUGGUCAGGGAGCUGCUGAAGAUGUCUUUCAGAUGGGUGGAGCUGGUUCGGCACAGUCAACUCCACGGCGGCCUGUAACUUCAGCAUCCCCUUCGUUGUCCCCAAGAAUAGGAGAAGCAACUGCCUUUGACCCGUUUGGGGGUAGUCCUAAGCAACCUGUCCCAGAUCUUUUAGGCUCUUUCCUUUCCUCAAAUGCCAAAAGUGAUCCUUUUAUUCAAGCAACAAGGAGUCCUUCACCUACAGUGCAUUCUUCCAGUACACCCACUGUUUCCAUUCAGCCAGAUGUUUCAGGAGACUGGGAAUGGCCUAGUAAAUCAGGUUUUGGUAUGGUGAGCAAAUCAACUGCUUCCAGCCCUACAGGAUCAGUGCACAACACCCCUACACAUCAAGCCAAACCACAAACUCUGGAUCCUUUUGCUGACUUGGGAGCUCUUGGUUGUCCUUCCUUUGCCAGCAAACCCAAUACACCUACAGGAAUGGGAGGGGUUUUUCCUCCUAUGGGAUCACCACAGAAACCAUCUCCCCAACCAAUGGGAGGUGGCAGCUGGCCACAGGGCUCUGGAUUCCCUAGGCCUCAAACUCAGUCUAAACCUCAACAAAGCAUGCCUCAUUCUUCUCCGCAAAAUAGGCCGAAUUAUAAUGUGAGUUUUUCUGCAAUGCCUGGUGGUCAAAAUGACCGUGGAAAAGGAUCGGGCAGUUCUGAUUCUAAGCCCAAACUGUCUGCUGAUUUUGAGGAUCUCUUAUCUGGUCAAGGUUUUAAUGCUCACAGAGACAAAAAGGGUCCCAGAACAAUAGCAGAGAUGCGAAAAGAAGAAAUGGCCAAGGAAAUGGAUCCUGAAAAAUUAAAAAUCCUCGAAUGGAUUGACGGGAAAGAGAGAAAUAUAAGAGCAUUGUUAUCUACUAUGCAUACAGUGCUAUGGGAAGGAGAAACGAAAUGGAAACCUGUGGGCAUGGCUGAUCUUGUAACUCCAGAACAAGUGAAAAAGGUUUAUCGGAGAGCAGUACUUGUUGUUCAUCCUGAUAAAGCUACCGGACAGCCAUAUGAACAAUAUGCAAAGAUGAUUUUUAUGGAGCUCAAUGAUGCCUGGUCAGAAUUUGACAGCCAGGGUCAGAAGCCUUUGUAUUAG